UUCAGAACAAGUAGGUCUGCAGGUAUGACUGGUUUUGCUUCCAUGUCGACUGUAAAAUGAACGGUUACUUCAGCCUCUGGAAAUUGACUCAGACAUCAAAAAGCUAUCCGUCCCAGCGUUACAACUGGCUGAGAGCAUCGCCCAUCCCAGCAGCAUAAUUCAGUCUAGCCAAAAUAUUUAUAAAGAGGCGGACCGGGAUCACUUACAAGACAUUCAUUGACUUCAAGGCUGCUGCGGAGAUAAGCUACUUAUUUUGUCAUCGGAACUUUUUCUUUUUUUCUAGACGGGACGCGUUUUACUGCCAAGUACUUUUUAAAAAUCGUUUUUAACUUUUUGUAUCACAAUGUGCCUUUUAAUUACAAUUAACGUUCUGGUAAUCGUUUCUUUGUGGGAAAUCUUUGGAAGAUAUCCUGCAUAUGCUGGGACAUGCUGGCUCCAGCAGAGUCAGGAGCCUCGCUGCGACAUGGUGCUGAUGAGAGGGGUCAGCUACGAGGAGUGCUGCUCUAGUGGACGCCUGGACACCGCCUGGUCCAACACCAGCCUGCCCAUCAACGAGGUCAGCCUGCUGGGCUUCUUAGGAAUCGUGUCCUGCAAAGCCUGCAAAGUGAACUGCGAGGGCGUGGACUGUGGCCCGGGGAAGGAGUGCAGGAUGAAGGCUGGUAGGCCACAGUGCAUGUGCUCACCUGACUGUUCCAGCUUCACCCGCAAACAGCCCGUCUGCGGAAGCGACGGCAACUCCUACCGUGACGAGUGCGCCCUUCUCCUGGCCCGGUGCAAGGGCCAGCCAGACCUGGAGGUCAUGUACCAGGGAGAGUGUAAAAAAUCCUGCUCCAACGUGGUGUGUCCCGGCACCCACACCUGCGUGACGGACCAGACCAACAGCGCCCACUGCGUAAUGUGCCGCACUGCCCCCUGUCCCCUGCCCAUGGCGGCCGAGCAGUCCAUCUGCGGCAAUGACAACAUCACCUACCCCAGCGCGUGCCACCUGCGCCGAGCCACCUGCUUCCUGGGUCGCUCGAUAGGCGUGCGUCACUAUGGCCGCUGCAUAAAUGUUCCCAAGCACACUUUGGAGAACGCGGAAAACGCCCUGUAGAAAAGCUUUCCAUUCGAGAAGAUGGAUCUGACAAGGCAAAAAAAUAUAAUUUGCCUUUCAUUUUAAUCUCUGAAUUAAACUAAACCUUUCUGAGACGUCAUACUCUCUUGUAGUGCCUUCUAUUUAGAGCGUGAUACAUAUGAUGUAGAGGAAGUGGCUGCGGAGAGCAUUUAUUUUUGAGUAACACAUUUACACAUUGUUCUUCAGGCUAAAGUAAUAUAAUUCCUUUUAGAUGCAUGCAUUGUGUUUUGUAACAGGGGUUCGUUCUUCACUGGGUCUGCCAAAAACUUUUGGAAGGCAGGUUUUUUUUAAAGAGAAAAGUUAGCAAUAGCUUUUACCGGGAGGGAAUUGUGCAUAUUGUAAAUAAGCAUUACUGAUAUUUAUUGGAGGAAAAGUAUGAAAUUUGUUUUAUUUAUAUUUUUUCAUGUAAACAAACCACACAGAGCUAUCAUCAGCCUUCUGAGAUAUAUUUAUUGAUUUUUUUUUUUUUUGGUCUUAGUUUACGUUUCCGGUACUAGUCCCGCUCUGAAUUAUGACCUUUACUUUGUUUUUAUUUUACCCCUGUUGCGUGUAAGACUUUGCUUCAUAAAAAGGUUCCUCUGUAAUAUACUUCAGCUGAAUUUUUGUCCAGUCUAAAAUGGUUUAUAUAUUUAGAGGCUUUUCAUCAGAAAAACAAAAUUACAAUUUAAUAAAUAAAUAAAGAAUCAAGAGGAGCAAAAUUCAUUCAGAACAGAAGCGAUGUCUUUUUUUGGAGGCCGUGCGGAGCAGACGAAGUAUGAGCUUUCUAACACGGCGAUCUCUGUUUAGUCUGAAAGUAAAUAAAACCCCUUCAUCCUUUUAUGUUUAAGCAGGAAAAUAAAUCAAAGUUUUACACAAGCACAAACCGCAAAAGCCAAGACUGUUAAUGAGAGCAGCUGUUUUUGCUGAAAUCAAGAUUCCAGUCAAAUGACUGCGUGAUGCAAACCCCUCGAUGCUGGCGGUCGAUUUCGUGAGGCUCAGACGCUGCAUUUUAUGUGGCCACUUAUUCAAUUUGCUUUUAAUUGAUCCCAAUAGUCUGUUGACCUGUUUUGUUAGUACAGUACACAUUGUUGUGUGGGAUUUAAAAUUUUAAGUGUAAAAAUGAAAAUUUCUCUCCUGUUCCUAGACGUUACCCAAAGUCAAUGCUACUUAUUGUAUCUGUAAAUGUAUUUGAUGAAUGCAAGCAAUGCUUUAUGAAUAUUAUCUAUUGAUUUAUUGACUUUUCUGAUAAUCAGUUGUAUUGUUGAGUGACAGUAUUACUGUCAUGGUAUUUACAUCCUUCAUAUGUAUUUUUAUCUAAAUCCACAUCUUACAGUAUAUGUGCUUGUAAAGCCAAGCUGCAAGACUUAUGUAUCUAUUGUAAGAUUUACAAUUUAUGAAUGUAUUUACUUAUUUUUAUAUUUUUGUACUUAUAUGUUAUCUCAACAUAAAAAUUGAUCUCGGUCA